AUGGAGCAUUUCCAAGCCGCUCAGCAUGUACGAUCAUUGCAUGAUAAAUCUCAAGAAUGCCUAUGCGAUCUGACAGCUCAAAUUGGCCUGUCCGAUUUGAAACUUCCGCAAAAUCUGUCUAGCACAGAAAGGGACUACAUGGAGAAGUACAUUCUGGCCCAAUUCCGCAAACAUGCCAUUCUUAUCCACUUAGCCAAGUACCAGGACAAGAUUAACCCUAUUUGGAGCUCACAAUGGCAUGGAGGAUGGCUGGUUACAAAAGUCGUGUUCAAUAGUGCAAACGACCAUGCCCGUAUUAUUUCCACCCAUGUUGCACAAUAUAACGAGCUUGUCAACUGCCUUGAGCGUUCUGUUAGGCCAUCCUGGCUCCCGGACUCUUUGAAACACGCCAAAAUGAAUGUCAAGGAGCUGCUUAACAUGGAUCCCAGUGAUGAACAGUGGACAAAGAUGUGGGAGAGCCUGUGGGAUUCCAACUGGAACUUGGACGAGAAACCACCAGCUUUUAUCGUCAACCAACAGGUUCACCAUGGCAUAGUAGUGGUGCUAUCGCUCGCUCAUAUUGAGGAGGAAAAGCUUAGGCUCGCUUGA